AUGGAUUCUCUGCCUACCGGAGAGCCGUCCCUGGUGGUCGACAUUGAUAAGCUCAGCCUUGAAGCCUGCCGGCGGGUCCUGAAAGCGCAACGACUGCCUAACCUAAGCAUUCUCAGCUACGAAGACAUCAUCAGCCGCAACGAAAAAGAUCACGAAACCCUUUGCACCCGAAUCCGUGUUCUUGAGGAAUCCGAGGCCGCGCUGCGUUUCCGAUUCGUGGCUAUGAAGGAGGCCGAGAUCAAGCAUAACCGAAGACAGAACGACGACUUGGCAGUUCGCCAGGCACAGAUUGAGGAACUGCAGAUGUCUCAACGAAAAGUCGCUGAAGAAGCGCGCCAGAGCAGCGAAGCAGCACGCACUUUGAUCACACGUGCCCAAGACGAGAACAACUACCUGCGUAAUCAACUCCACGAAAGAGCGCAAGUUAUCGAGAACUUGAAGGCGCAGGUGUUAUACCAACAGCGGGAGGCCGAAGGACUUCGAGCGGAGACAAUGAGGCAUGCAGCUCAGAUGAAACAGAUGCGAGGCCAGAGAGUAAUCGAGGCGGAGCAUCGAAAUAUCCACAUGCUUAGAGAAGAGAGGCGCUCGGCAAGGCACGCAACACGCAUGAGUCGUCUGAAGGACAUGAAAAGACGCCUCCAGAACAUAGCGGCCAGCUUUGCCUCACAGUGCUCGCAGCACAAGAGAGCACUGCUGGAGGAGAUCAACCGCCGACCUGACAACCAGCGCUUGGCCAUUGAUCUUCAGGCCAUGAAAGAUCUGAAGGAAGACCAAGAGAAGAUGAACGAUACCCUAACCGAGCUUGUGGAGAAGUUCAUACGAGAAGCCACUUACAAGUUCUCACCGACGGAGUUCAUGCGCAAGAAGGGUCACACAAACCAUGUGUGUUUCAGAAGCGGUCGUCGCUGA